GUGGACGUCGGCCGCGUCCUCGGAGCUCUUCGUGACUUGCUCUGAAGGGAAACGUGCUCGGGGGCUACUUUCCCCGGGAAGGAGCCUGAACCUUUGCCCGGAAUGCGGGAAGAGAAGCCAGCCGCGCUCUCGGCUGGGAACCCCAAAGCUCCGCGCAGCUCUGCGGCUUCACAGCGGAACGGCCGGGGCGUCCCCGGACCCUUCGCGCAUGCGUUGGAGCCUCCCGUCCCCUCCCUCGAGUCCCCGCCAUGGCCGCUGCGGCGCUGCGGCGCCUGAAGGAGGCCGCUCUGGUGCUUGGGGGCGGCGGCCUGAUCUUCGCCGCGCACCUGGCCGCGAGGGGCGACGAGCGCUUCUACCGCCAGUGGCUGAUGCCGGGCCUGCAGCGCGUGGUGGGGCCCGAGACCGCCCACCGGCUGGCGGUGUGCCUGCUCGCCUGGGGCCUCGCGCCCCGGCCCGGUCCGGCCGACUCGGAGGUCUUGGAGGUCCGGGCUUUUGGGCGGCGAUUUCGGAACCCGCUGGGACUGGCCGCUGGAUUUGACAAGCACGGGGAGGCCGUGGACGGGCUCUUCAAGAUGGGCUUCGGCUUUGUGGAGGUGGGGAGCGUCACGCCGGAGCCCCAGGAAGGCAACGCCAAGCCGCGGGUCUUCCGGCUGCCCGAGGACCAGGCCGUCAUCAACAGGUACGGGUUCAACAGCCAGGGCCACACGGUGGUGGAGCGCAGACUCCGAGCCCGGCAAGCCGCUCAGCGCCAACUCAGCGAAGCGGGGAUGCCCCUUGGAAUAAAUCUGGGCAAGAACAAGUGUUCUGUGGAUGCAGCUGCUGACUACGUUGCAGGCGUUCGCGUUUUGGGUCCACUGGCUGAUUACGUGGUGGUGAAUGUUUCCAGCCCAAAUACGCCAGGAUUGCGGGCUCUGCAGAGCAGAGCAGACUUGCACCUCCUACUUACAAAGGGUCCUGUUCUGCCUGUUGAAGAGAUGGCCAAGGCCUGGAGCUUCAGUAUUACCUUUGUUUCUGGCAGGUUCUUGCUGAGCGGGAUUCUCUCCCAGCUGGGCGUUGAUGGACUGGUGGUAACUAACACUACCGUGGACCGUCCUGAGACCCUUCGUGGGGCUUCUUGCAAUGAAGCAGGGGGACUGAGUGGAGCUCCCUUACGACAGCUCUCCACCCAGAUGGUCAGCGACAUGUAUUCUCUCACCCAAGGCCGCAUACCAAUCAUUGGAGUGGGUGGAGUCUGCACUGGCCAAGAUGCCUUGGAGAAGAUACGGGCAGGUGCCUCCUUGAUCCAGAUGUACACAGCCCUCACAUACCAUGGGCCACCUGUGGUUGGUGCCAUAAAGCAGGAACUUGAGGCCCUUCUGAGGGAACAAGGAUUCCAGAGUGUUCAAGAUGCUGUGGGAGCGGAUCAUAGCCUCUGAGGAUUCCUGGCCAAGGAUUAGUGUAACAAAAGGGAUCCCGUGAACAUCCUGGACCCAGCAGAAAGAGAGGACAUGUAUCAUCUGAGAUCCACUUUCUGUCCUUCAUUAAUGAUUGGAGGGGGGAUUUGGACCUUUCUUUUUUUUAAAAAAAAGACAUGUAACAAGAGAGAAACGGGUGUUUGUUGGCAUACAUCCUCUCCUGGGGAAGUGUAAAAGCUAAAGAGCUUUCCUGAUGUCAUGAGACUGAGGCAAGCACAAGAAGGUAGAAAUGUGUGAAAAAGUCAGCAAGGAACAUAGUAUCAGUGUUCCCUUUGUUGAAUCUCAGUCUCUCUCACCCUGUAAGGUUGGGAGCCCUGUACAUUGAGUAGAGGAAACCUGUUUUGUUGUUCAGCAGUUUUGGAGAAGGCACACAGUAGUUUUGGCUUUUCAAAAAUAAAGCAUUAUUGAGAUUGUU